CUCGCUUCUCUGCGAUCUUCUCCUUCUUCUACUCACUCCAUUUUCUAUAUAACUACUCCUCCGCCACCACCCUCCUCCACUUCACCUCCGAAACCACUCGAUUUCAACCCUCGCACCCUUCACACAUGGCUGCUCCCGCCAAUUCCCACCAACAAAAUCCUCUCAUCACCCCCUACAAGAUGGGAACUUUCAAUCUCUCUCAUAGAGUUGUCUUGGCGCCGCUCACCAGACAGAGGUCCUACAACAACGUUCCACAACCGCACGCCAUCCCCUAUUAUUCUCAGAGAACCUCCAACGGAGGCCUUCUCAUCGCCGAAGCCACCGGAGUCUCCGACACCGCUCAAGGGUAUCCCGACACGCCUGGCAUAUGGACGAAGGAGCAGGUGGAAGCAUGGAAACCCAUCGUCGAUGCUGUUCACGCCAAAGGCGGUAUCUUCUUUUGUCAGAUUUGGCACGUAGGAAGAGUUUCAAAUUCAGAUUAUCAGCCAAAUGGACAAGCACCUGUGUCAUCUACAGACAAGCCACUCACACCGCAAAUUCGAAGUAACGGCAUUGAUACAGCGCAUUUCACGCCACCACGGCGCCUAAGAACCGAUGAAAUUCCUCAAAUUGUCAACGAUUUCAGACUUGCUGCAAGAAAUGCCAUCGAAGCUGGUUUUGAUGGGGUUGAGAUCCAUGGCGCACAUGGGUACCUACUUGAGCAAUUUAUGAAAGACAAGGUGAACGACAGAACAGAUGAAUACGGUGGAUCCCUGGAGAACAGGUGCAGACUUCCUCUGGAGGUUGUUGAAGCUGUUGUGAACGAGAUAGGAGCGGAAAGAGUUGGAAUUAGGUUAUCACCUUUUGCAGAGUAUGCAGAAUGUGGAGACUCAAAUCCCAAACAACUGGGACUUUACAUGGCUAAUGCCCUGAAUAAGUAUGGUAUUCUGUACUGUCACAUGGUGGAACCCAGAAUGGUAACGGUUGGACAAAAGAUCGAAUGCCCUGACAGUCUGGUGCCUAUGAGAAAGGCCUUCAAUGGUACUUUUAUAGCUGCCGGAGGUUAUGACCGGGAAGAUGGGAUCAAAGCCAUUGCUGAAAACAAAGCUGAUCUUGUUGCCUUUGGUCGUUGGUUCUUGGCUAACCCAGAUUUGCCCAAAAGAUUUGCUCUCAAUGCUCCUCUCAACAAGUAUAACAGGGAGACAUUCUACGUCAGUGAUCCCGUUCUUGGCUACACCGACUACCCUUUUCUUGAUGAGGACUCCAACGGUGUAGCAGCAUCCUAGGAUUUGUUUUGUACUAACCUUUUCUUCCUCUGCAAAUUCUUCGCUAUUUGCAGAUUCGGUUGCUCAGAUUUUCGUUUGCAUAUUUUUUAGUGACUUCUAUGUUCUUCGGUUCUUCUAAGUUCUUAUUUAUGUAAUAAUGUGGCUCGAUCUCAAUAACAUGUAUUGGGCAAAGGCUAUGACACCUGUUUUUACCACACCAUACUAGCUUUGUGCUAGUAAUAGUAUUAUUUCAGCACUUGCCUAAUUUUGUUCUUUGGAA